UGCGUCACUUCCGACGGCGUGGUCGAAUUGUUUGUUCCGUAUAUUUCACACGAUUGACUCGGAGAAGCACUUCUUUCUCUUUUCCAUUGACCAGCGAACAUGAACACUAGGAUAACGAUUGUCUGGGCUCUGGCUCAUCUUUUUUCUACCGCGCUUUCUUACAAUAUAGAUACAAAAUUUCCAAUUAUUUUUAAAGGUUCUCCUGAUAGUUAUUUUGGAUACACUGUUGCUCUUCAUAGAAAUAGAAAUGGACCUAUGGCGAUAAUCGGCUCACCUCGUUCAAAUUCUACAGUAUUAGGAGAUCAGCUUUAUCAACCAGGUGCUUUAUUUAAAUGUGAUCUGAGAGCUUCCUGUGAGGAAAUAACACUCGAUAAAAAAGGUAAUACUCAGACUGAUAAUGGAAAUAAUGUUGCCUAUUAUGACAAAAAAGAUUCCAUGUGGCUAGGAGUAAGUUUGGAUAUUUUGCACAGUCCGACCCGAAGUGAUAUAGUAACUUGUGGACAUUUAUGGAAAAAUCAGUUUUACCGACAACAUUAUUUGGCUAAUGGAGCUUGUUAUGUUAUCAAUAGUGACCUUGAUUCAAGGAGUGUGACAAAAUUAGUGCCUUUUGUGGAAAAAGCUAAACAAGCUAUAAUACCACCUGGAAUUUAUUAUUAUGCUUUUGGACAAGUAGGCACAUCCGUAGCAUUUUCUGAGGAUGGAAGCUUUUUACAUCUUGGAGCUCCUGGUUUUUAUGAUUGGACUGGUACUGCGGUAAGUUACGCUUUGAAUCCUGAUAGUGUGAAUCAAAACUACGUACGGCCUUCAAUUCCAGAUCCUCCUGUUGAUCAGAACUUGACUCCUGAAUCAUAUAUUGGUUAUUCUGUGACUUCUGGGAAAUUUUAUGAUAAUCAUGAAAAUUAUGUUGCUGUUGGAGCUCCUAGAGAUGGGGAAUUUUGUGGACGCGUAUACAUCUAUAAAGCGAUGAAAACAUCAAAUAAAAGAAUGGUUGUUCAUCACAGAAAAACAGGCUUCCAGUUAGGAGAAUAUUUUGGUGCUGCUGUACUCGGAAUAAAUUUAAAUGGUGAUGAGUAUGAUGAUUUAUUAGUAGGAGCUCCUUUACAUUCCAUGGAUAACGGUGUUGAUGAAGGAAAAGUCUAUGUUUUUAUUAGCAAUGGUUUGGGACUCCAAAAUUAUGCAGAGUUGUAUGGAAAAAACAGAGCAUAUGGUAGAUUUGGUACUGCUCUUGCAAAUCUUGGUGAUAUAAACCAAGAUGGCUACAAUGAUAUUGCGAUAGGAGCGCCCUAUGAAGAUGAGAAAGGUGCGGUAUAUAUUUAUCAUGGCUCUGCUAGUGGAAUGAAUAUAGAGUAUGUUCAGAGAAUAGCAGCUAAGGAUAUUGAUUUAUCUUUAUCAGGAUUUGGAAUUCAUAUUUCUCGAGGAUUUGACAUUGAUUCUAACCAAUAUCCUGAUUUGCUAGUUGGUUCAUAUGCAUCAUCUAAUGCUGUGUUGUUUAGAUCUCAGCCAGUCAUACAAUUAUCAGCAAAGAUUGUAUUUACACCAAAACAAAUAAAUACAAAUGUAACCAACUGUACUUUUCAAGGUCAGAAAGUAUCUUGCAUCAGUGUUAAAGCCUGUCUUACGUAUUUUGGAAAGCAUGCCCCUUUAAGUUUAGAUUUUACACAUGAACUUUACUUGGAGCAUCCAGUUCAAGGAAACUUUAUAUCUAACAGAGGAUUUUUGUAUAAGAAUGGAAACAGUUACUCAGUUUUGAAACAUAACUCAAGUUUAGCAAUUGCUGGUGAAAAGUGUUUUACAGAAGAAGUUUACAUUCGAAAUGGCACUAAAGAUCUAAUCACUCCAAUUCAACUGCUUUAUAAGUACAGUCUAGUUUCAGAAGAAGAGAAUAGAGCUUUCAAUAAUAAUUUUCCUGUUAUAGAUCCACAAUCUUCAACAAAUUUAACCUCUUUUAUUUCAUUUUUAACUGGUUGUGGAAAUGAUGAUAUGUGCAACUCUGAUUUAGCUAUUAAUGUGAACGUAGUUGGCAUGGUUGAAAAUACACCUUUAACUAUUGGGAAAAACUCAACUCUAAGUUUAUCUAUUGAAGUUGUCAAUCAUGGAGAACCAGCUUAUCUAGCGGAGUUAUUAAUCACUCUACCACCUGAAUUGCCAAGCAUUAAUCAAGAUUUCUGUUUUGCUCCUGAAGAUUCUUUUAAUCAUAAAAAUAAUGCUACUCUUAUCUGUGACCUAACACAGGGAAAAAAUUUUCUUUCUCAAGGAAAAAAGGAAAAACUUACUAUUAAGCUUGAUUUAACUAAAAUUCCUACUGAUACGGAGCAAGUAUUGAUUUUUUUGGAAGCUAGGACAGUAAGCAAUGAAAUAAAUCCACAAGACAAUAAUUAUACUCUCCCGUUAAACUUCACAACUGUUGCAGCCAUAAGCAUAACAGGAACUCCUACCCAUGAACAGAUCCCAUAUGAUGAAAAAAUUCAAGAAUCAUUUUUGCCUCUUACAAUUACUCAUACAUAUUUUAUAAUGAAUCAUGGUCCAAGUCCUGUUCAAAUAGUGGAUUUCAUUUUAUAUGUACCUACUUCAUUUCAUAAAGAAAAUAGAGAAGAAACUUUUGUCACAUUUACUAGCUUAGAAGCAGAUAAUGGAAAAGCAUUGACCAUACCUGCUAAGUGUAACGACUCUAAUAUAGUGAUAAAGCCUCUUUCUCCUGAAAUUAAUAAAAACAACAGAGAUGGUAUUUUUGAUGAGGAUAACCUGUUAGUUCCAGAAGAACAAAAUAAAACUGAUACAGUGAUCGAAGCCUUAAGCGAAUUUGGAACAACUGACAAAACUUCAACUCGUUUAAAAAGGAGUACUGCCGCUAAAGCUACUCCUCAAAGAAAAAGUGAAAUUGUACUUAGCUGUGAAACUAUAAACUGUAUUGCAAUUGUAUGUUCUGCAUCGCCAUUUACAGACACACGAAAAUUUGCCAGAAUUACAGUUUCAGUAUUAGUGAAUAUCAGCAUAAUAAAUGACAAUUUCGAUCCUUGGUACAAAAUACAAUAUAUUACAAGUGGAGAAGCAUCUAUCCGAAAAACAGGAAACAAUAGUGUCAGCAAACAGCAUCGAACUGAAGUGCAAACAACUAUUGUCAAUUCUGGUCCAAGAGCGCAUGAAAAAAUUGCACAAUGGAUAAUUUUUGUCAGCAUUGGAAUUGGAAUAUUAUUAUUGUUAAUCAUCCUCAUAUUGCUUAUUAAAUUUGGUUUCUUCAAACGAACAAAAAAAGAGGAAAUGGAAAAAAUGAAAACGAAAGAGGAUUUAAAAGAUUAUGACCAUCUCGAUGAAGAAAGUGAAGCGUUAAACUAAAUAGAUGUGAUACCUUUACUUACUGAUGAAAUUUUCCUGAAAAACCAGUUUUUCUUCGUUUCAAAUUUCAUAUAAAAUGAGACUGAAAUGUAUGAAAAACUUAAUGUGAUAUAGGAUUUAUUAAUGUGCACUAUAAUAUCAGUUGAAUGAUGUUCAUGUUUGCAUCAACUGGUCAAUUUGAAGGAGUAUGAAUGAUAGUUAUUCAUCAAGAUUUUCACUGAUCAUUUCUCAAAUCUGAUAUUUUACCAAAUGAAUGCAAAUGUUUUUAAGCAUUGAUAAUUUUUUGGCCAAAAUAUUUUUAACAGGGUUUACAUUGUUUGCAUAGUGAAUUUCAUUGUAUAUGUAUUUGGUAUUGCACAAAUUUAUCUUAUGUUAAUUAUAUUAGUGUGAGCUGACACUUUAAAACUUAGGUAAAAUAGUUAACAACUUAUUUUUUAAAAUUUUUCUUAUAAAAAAUAGAAACUCACAUUUUGUGUAGCAUGUAAAAGAAACAAAGCAUUCUGAAUAUCUUAUCUAUUCUUUUUCAUCUACCAGAGCCUAUCUUUAUGUUUUAAGAGCUCUAAGAUAUUUAUAUUAAUUUCCCAAAAUAGUUCAAGUUUGCUAUCUACAAAUAAAUUUACUUUUUCCAACAGAUUUAAAUGCAGCACUAUAAAAAUAUAAGUGAACUGUGGGAUAGUUUUGUGAUUUUCUUUGCGCGUACGACACAUGUGAGCUAUUUUUACUUAAAAAAUUGUUCCAGAUGUUUGAGUUUAUAUAAAUACUUCACUGAAGUGUUUUCAGAAUGGGGUUUAAAACUCAAGGUUAUAGAGGUGAGCCCACUUUAUAAAAGCGGUACACCCACUUCAUAAAUUGGCAUCAACGAUAAAAAAUAUGUUUGUGAAAAUAAAAACUGUAAUGAAUGAAAAUUACAUCAUCAACAUGAAAACGAAUCAAAGUGCUUCCUGUUUUUUUUUUUAACAAACUGUUGCCAAAGGUUAAAAAAGCCAUUUUUAUUGCAUAAUAAACUUAGUAUCUCAUUCAUCAUUAACAUUUUAUUCACUCAUGUAACUAGUCAAAAUGAUUCUUUUUCCUUUGAAAGGAAAGUUUUUAAUUUUAGAAAAGUUUAUCUUUUUGUGCAAAUUUGUUGUACUAGUGUGUGUACUAGAAUGUGAAAAAUCAUAAAUAGUGCUAUGUUCAACAAUGAAUGCUCGAUUAAAUAUCCUGUAAAUAGCAUGUAAGAAAACUUCCACUUGUAUUUAGUUCUAGUAAAUUUACAUGAUUUGAAAUUAGUUUGAUAUUGUUGAUUACAUAAAAACAAUGCAAUUGCUGACAUUAUUUAUUUAUAAUGUUUAAUACAUUAUUUAUAAUGAAAACUACGCAUACUCUAACUAUUCAUUAACAGUGAUUAUCUGUGAUAAACAGCAUUGUGAGUUACAACAGUUAACAUGUAAUUUUAUAUUACAAUUUGUUUGUUUUACAUGAAAUCUAAGUAAUGAAGCACUGUUUAUAAAAUAACCUUAUAAACAAAGUUUUAAAUAUUUAAUCGAGCUGUAUUUAUGGCAUCAUAAAUCAUCAGGAAUAUCUGUUUUGUGAUUUUGUUUAAAAAUAUAUUUUUAACAUUAAGUUUCUUUUGUUUGAUAGAUUGUUUCAGUGAUUGUUAUAAUUGCUAAAUUUUUUAAAGUUAAAUUUAGAAAUAUUCUGAAGAACAAAAUAAAAAUAAAAUUGAAAAAUGCUGAUCAUUCGCACAACGUAAUAAUAUGUCAUAAUUUUCCAACAUUGCAAAAAAAAGUAAAUUUUCUACAUGUUUAAAUCAAACUUAAUUGUUAGCUUUUCUAUGACAUAAGAGUUCGUCAUAGGUUAAUAUUGUAACUUAAUUUACUUUGUUUAUAAUUUGCAUUGAACUGUGUAAGAUGUGACUUUAUUAUUUAAUUGUGAAAAAAGUAUCUUCACUUAAAAAAUUGUGAUUAAAACAAUAUCAACCAAAUAUUUCACAAAGCAAACAAUUAAUAUGGGAUUUUAACAAAAUUGUUUUGUAAGCAUGUUAAAUUUAUGCAGACAAAUUAACAAAAUAUUCAAUUCAUA